AUGAAGUUCGCCCACCUCCUCGUCGCCGUCUUCUUCGCUCUCCACUCGAACGCAGUCAUCGUCCAAUUCGACAAGAUCUACGACAAGCCCGAGGGCCGACUCGAAUCUGUCGCCUGUUCUGACGGCCCUAAUGGUCUUAUCACUCGUGGCUACGGACCCACCUUUGGCACUUUGCCUAAAUUUAAUCACAUUGGUGCUGCCAGUGCUAUUGAAGGAUGGAACUCUGAAAAGUGUGGAACGUGUUGGGAAUUGAAGUACACCACCAAGUUCACUCAGAGGAGUAUCGUCAUUUUUGCCAUAGACCACACCGAGGAGGGUUUUACCAUCUCCGAGGGAGCGAUGAAUGAUCUCACUGCAAACCAAGCAAAAUUAUUGGGUCGUGUUGAUGUGGUCACCACCGAGGUACCAUGCGCUUAA